GAUGUCAACAUGGCAGAACCGCGAGCUUGUGGAAGACUUCGCGCUUUGAAGUUAGAUUGGAAGUAUACUUGAAUCACAUUUCUCUAAAAAAAUUUAUUAUUCUUUUUCUAGCGUUUUGGUGUUUAUUUUGCUUUUUAAAUCGUUGCUUGUACCUAUCGAAAGAGACCGUUUAUUCUAAAAAUUAUCAAAGACGAAUCAACAUGGAUAAAUUACUCAUUAAAAAAAAACAGUGUGCCAAGCGUGACAACAAUCUUCACCAAUUGGCCGAAAUUACGGAAACUCUAGCAGGCAUGUAUUUCGAAAACGAACGGUUGAAAGAAGCUUUGCGGGAGUAUAAGGAGCAGUUGAAUGUCUGUGAAGAACUACAAGACAAGUUGAGAUGUGCUAUAGCACAUAGAAUGAUCGGGGAGGUUUAUGCAAAAUUAGGAGAUUAUGAGCAGGCUUUGAUGCAUCAAAAUUUAUACUUAGAAAGUGCCAAGGACAUGAAGAAUAUGCUGGAAGAGCAGCGCGCAUUUGCUACCUUAGGCAGAACUUAUUUCUGUCUGGCCGAGAGCUUGGAUGGCAAGAAGCGUGACGAGGCUUUGGUAAAUGCAAAGAUGAGUCAUGUGCGGAGCAUGGAGCUGUGUGACAUGUUAAAGAACAUCGAAAUUAAAGAACAGAUGUUGAUGCGAUCAAGAGUAUUGCUCAAUCUAGGAUCAACAAUGGAGGCAUUGAAAGAGACGCAACAGGCAAUUAAUUUGCUCGAGCAGGCAAUCACACUGUGCGUAUCCAACAACUUUCAGGAAGAGUUGCACUGUGCCUGUAUUUCUCUUGCAGCUAUAUACGAGCGACAGAAUGAUUACGAACUAGCGUUGACUUACCUCGAGACCGCAGCCACUAUAAACAACAUACGUCUGAAGGCCGAAGCGGAAAUAACAAAGGCUGAAUUGCUCAUGCGAACCGGACGGUGGAUCGAAACGCGCAAGUUGUUGGUUUCCUUGUAUACAAGGAGUGGAUUGUCGAAAGACAUUAAUCACUUGGUGGAGAAAUAUCUGAGGAUUGUUGUAACUAUAUGCCGUGCGGAAAAUAAUCUUCUCGUCGAGACUGACGUUGAGGCUAAGCAGAAACUAUAUGAAACUCUAGGCGAUGCGGCGGUCGCUGCGAAAUGCUUCAAUGGAGGCGUGGAGUAUUAUCGACACAUGCUGACCUGCGCGGAAGAAACGGGUAACCAGAUAGGUGCUUCUUUGGUAAGUCUAGCAAGAACGCUCAAGGAUGCGGGGCGAUGCAAGGAAGCGUUGCCUUACGCGCGGAGGGAGCUGAAACUUUGCAAGAAUUCUCAGGAGAAAUGUGAAUCGGCGCUGUUUCUAGCAGACUUGCUAAUAACGAUGAACGCCGCUGAUGCCGAAAUUCGGGAAUGUUACGCUCUGGCGUUGAACUCGGCAAACGAAAGCGAUAAUGUUAAGCUGCAAAAAUCCGUUACGAAAGACCUCGUCAGUUAUCUGGAAAGUAUAGGCCAGUUCGACGAGGCAGAAGCUACAAAACGAAAAGCGGAAUUAACAUUGGAAACGCCGAGCGACACGGAGAGCGAAGCAGCAUCCGAGGAAAGUGAUAGAAUUGGUGCGGACAUUUGUCUAGAGGAUUUGUCCGAUCUAGAGACUGAAGAGAGCAUCAAGAAAACUGUUGGGACUGUUGGAAAGAGAAGAAUGAAAAGAGCAACGUCUACGAUCAAGAGGAACGAGAAGGGCGAGACGCCGUUACAUGUGGCGUGCAUCAACGGCGAUAUCAGUGCCGUCGAGAGGCUUCUGUCGUCCGGUCAUUCUACGAACGUUCGAGAUCACUGCGGUUGGUCUCCACUUCACGAAGCUGCUAAUUACGGCUACGUCGACAUCGCGGAACUGCUCCUGAAACACGAUGCGAAUGUCAACGAUCCAGGCGGCACAUCCUGCAAAGGCGUGACACCGCUUCACGAUGCCGCAACCUGCGGACACUUUUCGAUGAUGCAGCUCCUGAUGCGUCAUGGAGCGACUGUUACGCUCAAGACUCAUGAUGGCGAGACGGUGUUGGAUUGCUUGAAGGCUUGGAGACGUCGCGUAGAAGACAUAAGUCCCCAAGAUUUACUCGAAUACGACGCUAUGUGUGAAAAGCUUUCGGCUGUUAUUCAUAAAAAGGAAAGGAAGAGACUUAAAGACUUUGGUCGGUCACCGGAUAAGAAGUCCGCGCCGCCCGAGGCUCGAAAGAUAUCUGCCGGGGAGGAUUAUAAGCGAACAAUAGAGAACUUGCGAUCUUUCAAUAAAAUCAAUACCGUUAUUGCUGCUUCUAAAAGCAGCAAUGAUGAAGUUGCGCCUUUAGUCGGUGAGGAACAGGUUCUUAUCGACGAUUGGCUCGAGGACGAUAUCGGAGAUACAACGCGAAAGAAAUCUACGUCAAACAAUUACACUGCAAUAACCAUCGGAGACACAACGAGAAAGAAAUCUACGUCAAACAGUUACACUGCAAUAACCAAACGAAAGUCUUUUGACGGGAAUACGGAGGGCGUCACUAAGAGAUUGAAACGGAACGACACGUUUCGUCGAAGUAACGACGAUUUUAGUUUAAGCGAGGAUAGUGAUGACACUAUUGUCGACGAUAUGAGUGAAUUAUUUGAAGUACGUAAAAGAACUAGGAGAAAACGACAGACGUCCCUGAUCUCGAGUGGAUUCACCGUGUCCGGCGUGUCUCGCACGCCGUCUCCAGUGGCAUAUUUGCAACCGUCUUUGCCCACCGCAACGAGUUCGAAGCAACUCGACAAGGAACACGUACGUUUACGUAUGUUUGUUAAAGAAAAAAUGUUCGACAUAAAAGUAGCAGUCUGCGAAGAUGAGAGGGAGUUUUUAACAAACAUUACGAGUACUACCGAACGCGCAUUCCACGAUGAAACCGGUUGUACAGUUACGCUGCUGCUGCAACUUGUAAACGGUAGUGUCGCGACGAAGGAAAGUAUUCGACAAAUCGCGAUGGAAAGAGGCAAGUUGGAAUGCGAGAUAGUCGAACUGCAAAUCCCAUCCAUUGUCGAGCGAUACAAGACCAUCUGUUGCACUCAUAACUUGACCCCUUGCGAGAUCACGCUGAAAUGCUUAAAAUCUUGCGAGAAUACGUCUAUAUUUCGCGUAAAAUCCGACAAUAUUAACAGGCAACUAGUCGUGCCUUUGUUAAAAACUUUAGAAUACGAAAAAAAUAUCAAAGUGUUACAAUUGUCGGACAGUGUACUGCUAACGGCGGGAGUAGAAUUGUAUCAAUGUCUCUCGAACCUUCCAUCCCUGCAGGAGCUCUAUUUAAAAGGCUGUGAUAUUGACUUCGCCUGUUUACGUCAGGUGAACUCGUUACCUCCUCAGUUGAGAGUCCUAGAUUUGAGUUAUAAUCCAUUAAGUUCCGAAAGCAGUGAUACCCUGCGAACACUGAUCGCUCCCCUGAAAUAUUUGCAAACUCUUAACUUACGUUAUUGCAUGUUGGAAGACUUUUGCCUUCCACUCGACAAUCCGAAUCUGACGAGCUGCGAUAUUUCGUGGAAUAAAUUGAAUCGCGACGCGGUGACCUCUGUGCUGAGUAGGCAAUUGUUCGACUUGAAUUUAUCUAAUAAUCUGUCUUCCAAUCGAUUCGUCUUAGAGUUAGAUAUGAUAGCUUUAUCACCGAGUUUGGAAUCAUUAGAACUUUCGUUCUGUGAUAUAACAGACUCUGAUAUAAAAGUUAUCUUAGCGCAAUUGCCUAGGUUGUUGAAAUUAAUACUUAGUGGGAACACGAAUAUAUCUAUAUUGUCUAUAAACAUAUUGUUGAGUCGUCAGCCUACGUUAACUUACAUCGAUGUUAGUGGUUGUAAAAAUAUCACGGAUAAUCCCGAAACUGGAUUAGCCAUACAAAGUCCCGAGGUUUGCACACUGCUGGCUAGUAUAGAGCCUAAUUUAUGUGAUUCUUGGAUUAAAUUGUGGCGAGGAGCAGGUACUGUAACGAAAUUACCUCAUAAUUUAGCAAUUUUUAAACCUAUUUGACUUUCUACAGAAAACAAUAUUUUGUAUAUGCGUAUUGCGAAAGAUAAUUUAUUUUGUAAAAAAAUGUACAUGUAAAUAUGUUUCUAGAAAAAAAUAAUAUAUAUUUCAUAAUACAUUUGAUAUUCCCAGAAAAAUAUCAGUUUGUGAAUUAUUCGUAAAUCUAUCUCUUCCUAUACAGAAGAUACUGAUUUAUAUUGACAUUAUUUUGCAAAAAUCAAUAAAUUAUUUUGGAACAA